AUGGGCCUGAAGGAGUGGACCUUGUUCCUGGGGAAAACCGUGAAACAGCUCGUGCACCGAUAUCCGAACAUAAAGAUACUCGAGAUUAUGGCCGGUACUAGCGGCGCCACCAAGGUCAUCAUGAAUGAGAUUAGCUGCUCUUUCGCCUCGUAUACUUACACUAACAUCUCCUUGGGCUUCUUCGAGACCGCCCAGCAGGUCUUUAACGCCUUUUCUAGCAAGAUAAUCUUCCAGCUACUAGACUACGAGAAGGACAUCGACGAACAAGGAUACAAACAAUACUCGUACAACAUGGUAGUUGCCUUGCUGGUCCUCCACGCGACUAUUAAUCUGCGCCGGACACUAAGAAAUGGGCGCCGGCUCCUGAAGCCCAAACUCUUCCUGGUUAUGCAGGAGAUUACUAACAACGACGCAUAA